AUGGGGACUACCAUAAAUGAUGAUGGAAAUGAAGAGGAUGAGGAGGACGGUGAUAAUGACAAUGACAAUGACGAUGAUGUGGCUAACAAUAUGCUUCAUGUGAACGUGUUGAACAAGUGGAGCAAUAAGUCUUUCACCAUGUUGUUGGGGAUAUUAAAGGACCUUCUACCGAAAGAGAAUGCAAAUUUAGAGAAUUUUUCGAUUUGUCAAGAGUCUAGAUACAAGUCGAAUUAUGGAAAAGAUGAUGGGAUAUUGAGACACCCGGCUGAUGGUGAGGCAUGGAAGGAUUUUGAUAGGCAACAUCCUUUGUUUUCCCAAGAUAGUCGAAAUGUGAGGUUAGGGUUGGCCACUGAUGGUUUCAAUCCUUUUGGAAACAUGAGCAACUCGUACAGUAUGUGGCCUGUGAUUGUUAUGCCUUACAACUUGCUUCCUUGGAAAUGUAUGAAACAAGCAUUUAGUAUGCUGUCAUUGCUUAUCCCUGGACCACAAGCACCAGGGAGAGAUAUCGAUGUUUACAUGCGACCAUUGAUUGAUGAGUUGAAGGAGUUGUGGGAAGAUGGUGUGCUUACUUAUGAUGCCUCAACUGAAUUAAGUUUUCAAAUGCAUGCAGCUGUUAUGUGGACAAUUAAUGACUUUCUUGCAUAUGGAAACUUGUCAGGAUGGAGUACGAAAGGGUAUUUGGCUUGUCCCACCUGUAACAAAAAUGCUUCCUCACAAUGGUUGAGAGAUGGGAAGAACAAAGACACAGAAAAAGCAUGCAUGGAUUUGGAAGAUAUGAAAAUGAGGAAGGAGUUGCACUUAAAAAGGCGUGCCGAUGGAUCUUUUGAAAAGCCCCCAGCAUUGUACACUUUGUCCUCAGAUGAAAGAUAUGGUUUUUGUGAGCUUUUAAAGUCAAUUAAGUAUCCUGAUGGUUAUGCAGCAAACAUCUCAAGGUGUGUGAACACAAAAGGUGAUAAGUUAACUGGCCUAAAAAGUCAUGAUUUUCAUGUCCUCAUACAGCGACUUCUUCCCAUUAGAAUGCGUGGAUAUCUUCACAAUGAUAUUUGUGUCGCAUUAUUUGAGUUGGGAAAUGUCUUCCAAGAGCUUUGCUCGAAGACAUUGAAGAUGAAGAAUUUGGAAAUAUUAGAAGAUCGCACAAUAUUCAUACUAUGCAAGUUAGAAAAAAAAUUUCCACCAGCAUUUUUUGAUGUGAUGGUCCAUUUGGCGAUUCAUUUGCCACGUGAAGCCAUUCUUGGUGGGCCUGUGCAAUAUCGGCGGAUGUACCCCAUUGAAAGGCUACUUGGAACUUUAAAAGGAUAUGUUGCAAAUGGAGCUCGUCCGGAAGGUUCGAUCACAGAAGCUUAUGUUGUCAAUGAGUGUCUCACAUUUUGCUCAAUGUAUCUGGGUGGGAUUGAAACUGUAUUUAAUCGAGAGAAACGAAAUGUCGAUGUUAGUGUGCAUGAGUCGGGGUUAGAGGUCUUCGCGCAAAAUGUUCGUCCUUUUGGGCUAAUUACAAGGGUUUCUAACGUGUCUCAAAAAGAACGUGAAAUGGCUCAUUGGUUUGUCUUGAAUAAUAGCCUCGAGCUUGACCAUUAUCUAGAGCAACACAAGAAUCUUUUAGAAAAUGAAGGUGUACGUGACAUCACAAAUAGACAGAAAAAGGAAUUCCCCAAGUGGUUCAAAGAACAUGUAAGAUAUAAUCCCAAACUUUAUUCAGCUACACUUAUAUGA